AUGAACAAUAGCUACGAAUGUAGCUGUACCAGACUUACGGCCUCCGAUACCGACAUCGCAUCGAAAAGUAGUAUCCAUUCACUCUGGUUUACACUAGAUGACUUUGACAUCGGAGGAUUACUGGGAGAUGGAGCCCAUGGUCAAGUUUUCCUUGCCAGGGAGCGCAGAACGGGUUUCAUUUGUGUUCUAAAGUGCGUUUCAAAGGCUCAACUAGUAGGAUCGGGCCAGGAAUCCAUGUUCAAGAGGGAGAUAGAGCUGCACUCACACCUGAGGCACCCUAACAUUUCAUGUCUGUACACGUGGUUCACCACGAAGACGAUGAUUUUCAUGGUUAUCGAGUACUGCCACAACGGUGACCUGUUCAGCUACCUGAUGAAGAAAAAGAGGCUGGAGGAACCGGAGGUGUGCCAGAUUCUGUUCCAGGUCAUCUGGGCACUGCGAACGUGCCACGACAAGCACAUCGCGCACCUGGACAUAAAGCCGGAGAACAUACUGCUGGACCAGAACAACGUGGUAAAGCUGGCUGACUUUGGACUCUCAGCGCACAUCAACAGGGCGUUCGACAACAACAUGAAGGACUCGGACUUCCUGAGGGGAACGUAUGACUACUGGUCGCCGGAGCAGUUCGGCGAGGUAGGCCAUAAGACUGACAUCUGGACGGUCGGAGUGCUGGCCUUCGAGCUCUACUUCGGGUUCGCGCCCUUCGGCACGACGCUGAACGAUGGCCUGGACACGGUGCUGCGCCGCAUACAGAUCCAGCCGUGGUACCACAUGCUCGAGAACCGCUACGAAAACGUCCACGCAGGCAGCAUGUCCAGCGAGUUUCGCGACUUCCUGGACAAGUGCUUCACGAAGGUGUCCACAGAAAGGCCGAGCUCGGCGGAGCUGCUGCACCACCCCUGCAUUAAAAUGUACAAUAUGCACAGGUUCAACGACCCACGGUUCAUAAAGCAACCGCGGAAACAAAGUUAG